AUGACUCCCCCAAUAGCCAUCGGUUCGACGCGUCGUCGUCGUUCCAAGUCAUGUAUCGCCUGUCGUGUAGCCAAGCUGCGCUGCGAGGGCCUCGACGAGGAGCAAUUGCACCAGCUCGAGAGCAACCCGGCGUUGUGCGACCUCGUCUGCCACCGCUGCGAGCGGCGGAGCAUACCGUGUACCUGGGCGCCGAGUCGACGACCCGGCCGUCCUCGCAGACUGAACGCGCCGCCGCCCAUUGACGAGAGCUCAGAGCACCUAGGUGCUGGCAGUGAUGUGGCCAGCGGCCACGUCGGCGAUUCCUUCCGCGUCAUCCGGUCUACUUCCCACCUACCUGCCGCAAGUUCUACUGUGACCAGUACCAGUCACGGUGCCUGGCAGUCGCCUUCAGUAGCGCUUCCGGCCUGGCAACCGUCAAGAUCGGCUGCUCCCGCGCGUUUCGUCUCAUUGCCGGCCCGGCUACAGACCUACACUUUCGCUCCGAACGACGAGGCAUCAUCCUCCAGCUACCGACCGUCCUCCUCUGGUACUUCGACUCCUUCAUCAGCCACCUCUGCAUUGCCGUCGCCGGUGGGGCAAUCGGGUCACUCGCUACAGUUCUUGGAGCACCUCGGGCAGCUCUACCUCAGCCAAGUGCACGGCUACAUUCCCGUAUUGCCGAACCUGCUCCCCGACCUCUCGCUCCGACUCCAAGUCGCGUCGCCGAGCUUGGUCGUCGCACUCGAGGCAUAUCUGAUACCAUGGGCUCGCUCAUCACCAUCACCACCUCCACCUCCCAACACUCGCUACCCGAAUUCGGAUGAUCAGCUCGUCGCCAUCUUCCACAUCCAUCGGGCGUACGCCAACGGGGACCUCGAUGCCGCGCGCACCGCUCUACGCACCGCCGCCGGUACCACGCUGUCUCGUGCUCGAGCGGCACAUAUGACAUCAUUGGGUCGACCGUUAGAGCUCGAUCAAGAAGGGUGGAUACUGUGGGAGCUCGAGUUACAGGUGGGGACGGCGUUGUGCGAAGACGAGAGGCUGCUCGACAUCGUGCGGCCCGACACCGAGGUGAGUCGCUCUUUUCGGUUCUGUCCUCUUGCGAACGCUGGCGGCGCGUAGUAUGUUAAUGCAGGAUCACUGAUUCAAUCGUGGGAUGUGUCACUCUUUCUGUCCUUUACAGGACCAUUCUGCGACUUCACUGCAUCGUCAAGCGCUCUUGCACCUCUGGCACUGCUCCUGGCCUGUCUCGGCUUGGACGUCAUUCCCGCUGCCGCCUGCGCCGCCGGGCUCCGCGGGCGGGACAGCACAGGGGCCACUCGGCCCCGCUCGACCUUCGCCCGUUUCGACGCGAGCGAUAGAGCUGUGUUCGCGCGCGUUCGAACUCUACAACCUCGCCCAUGCCAUUCUCGUCCCUGCUUCACCCCAAAUGCUCGCUUCGGAUCGUUUCUCUGCCAGUUCACAAGCCGAAGCGGCGUUGAACGCGUCCAUCAUCGCGAGCACGUGCGUGAUCCUCGUUCUGUCCGGGCCGCUCUCCCCGGAAGCAUUGCACAACAUCCAACGAGGCAACUCGACCCACUCUCUCGUCUUUACCGCGUCGAACCAAAUCAUCGCAUGUUUGAGACGACUCAUCAACGACGCGAACAUCACCGUCCCUCCCGCACCGACCUCACCUUUGUACAACCAUUCGCCUUUCCUGAUCCCUCAUCUCUGGAUGGCCGCGAGGGGUCUCUUGAUCGCCUCUCAGGACGCGAGGGUGUGCGAUCGACGUUCUUUUGACGAGGGAAUAGGCGUGAUCGAGACGGUGUUGAGUUGUUGGGCCGAACGUUGGCCCGAAGCGAGGAGGGUCCUCGAAGAGGUCGGCAACAUCCAAAACGCCGCGAUGCCGGUGUGA